GGCUAAUGAGAUGAGAGAGUGGAGACACAACACCAGGGAUUCAAGUCCUGAGUCUGCUGACUUCAACUUCAUUGAAUCUGAUGAAAAAGUUCAGGGAGAUUAUAUAGUCGGGUUCUUCGAAGAUAAAUAAGUCUCAGAGCUCUUUAGAGGCGUCUGAAGAUCUUGAGAGAACUUCGAUAACCCAGGAUGCUAAUAGUAUUGAACUGACUCUUCCACAUCAUGCUGCUGAGGAGUCUACUGGUCGCCUCAAUGAUUUUAGGAACCUAGUACUAGCAGAUCACGAGGGGGAUGUUGGUAGUUCUGGUUUAAACGAACCUGAUACUCCAAUAGAUACUCCUUCAUCUUUCGUACAAGAAUGUAAGAGCUCAAAACCAGCAAAUUCCUCUAAUUUCAAGAAGCCCCCCUCAGUAGGAGGCCCUCUAAAUAGAAAUUCUUACUCAAAGACCACCCGCCCGGUCAGAGCUUUGGGUCUAACUCAAAAAGUGCCAGAAUAUUGUAGGACUAGUCUGAAGAAACCAAAGAAACAGAAGCCGUUGAAUUAUGAGUUCUAUCAAAAGAGUGUCAGAAAAUCUAAGAAGAAAAGAGCUAAAGCACCACUGAACCGCUCAAAUUCCGACUCAACUCUUGAGAGGAAGUAUCUAAGAAUGUUUAUGACAAAUAAAAGAGAUCAGGUGAUGACUAAAUAUCCUUCUGGCUCUAUCAGCUCUUCAGGGUACAGACAGAGAAGUAUAUUCAUAAACCCGACUGCUGGAUCAAUGAGUGAUUCAAAAGUAGUGCUUAAGAAGCCUCACUACAACCAUGAGGGCCUUAUGACACCUAUGGGCUGGAAAUCUCAUCCCUCAAGGAUCCUGAUGCCUAAGUUUUCGUAUGAAUUUGACCAUCUGAGGUCCUCUUUCAGGACCCAAGUGCAGUCUAAUCGAGAGCUGAGGGACAGUAAGAGUAUCUGUCACCUGGAUUGCACCAAGAUGAACUCUGAUGCUGGAGAUUAGAACCAGAAAAUCAUUGUGACAAGAUAAUUGGAAAUUUCAAUAAAUUUU